UAUAACGAAAUUCUUUAUAUAUAUUUUAGUAGUUAGCAUAUUUUAAAUCCUUGUUUUAUCAAGCUUCUUAAAAAUACUUAAUGGAUAGUAAAAUUCAAUAAUAUGUUCAAGAUAUUAGGAAAUUUCUCAAGUCAAAUUAAUAAUGAAUUAGCAAGCCCUUACCUCGCAAAUAUCGCGAGGUAGUCCCAAGCCAUGGAAGUCGUCGCUAGAACUCGAAAAUCCCACCGAUCUAACAUCGGAUUCCGCCAUAGGUUCAUAAAGGCGAAUUACCAGUUGGAGCACCUACCUGGGGUUCUCUUCCGAGUUCGGACUUAAGUAACUAAGGUGCGUGGUUAAAGGGGGCUAGAUUUAAGUUUCAAGUUAUGUGUAUGUUUCUCUAUGCUUUCGAUUAUGGAUGUUCUACUGGUUUUAGAUGUUUAAGUUUCAAGCUAUCAUGGUUGCACGUUAACAAGCAAGAUCAUGUUUUAAAACUUAACUAACUGGCUGCGCACACGACCACCUUUCUUCCCAUAGUGAGGAAGUUUAUCAAGUUUAUCAGGUUAUCAAUCUUAUCAGGUUUCCUUCCCAUAGUGAGGAAGUUUAUUAGGGUUAUCAGGUUAUUGAUCUUAUCUGGUUCUCUUCCAAUUGUGAGGAAGUUUAUCAAGUUUAGGUGGUCGAACAGUGGCGCCAGUUAGGUUGAGUUCGGGGCCCCUUUCAAGCAAGCUAAAUGAGAUUUCUUUAUCACGCGUAUUCCAGUUCUUGUUUUUGUUCCUCCUAAGUCGUUGAGUAGUUAUCACGUUAUUUUAAGAUAAAUUGCACCUAGGACUGACCCCACACCCGCACUCAGGAGCUACUAGGGAGCAGGAACGCACAAACCAACCGCUGGAACACCAUUGCUGCUCAGGAUGUCAUCAGAAGGGUUAGUGGCCGAAAAAGCUUCACCAAAGGCACCUUUUACUUAAUGAAUUUCCUUUUAGUAGACUUGAGACAGAUGCUCGUUUGUGUUGAAUUUACAAGGAUUGUUCUUUUUGAGAUUUGGAUUUUUGUUAUGGAUAAUUUUCCGUUGUUUCUCCUUUUUCAAGACAAAUGAUUUAUUUUGAUUCUCAAGGGCAUUUUGGUAAAUUUAAUGAGCGGCCGGUCUAGGGUGUUACAUUUUGGUAUCAGAGCCUGGUCUCCCUCUAUCUUACCUUAUGUAGGAGUAUGAAUGGUGAAAGCUCUCAGCAAGUUGGUCGGCACCCACCUCCGAACUAUGUUGCACUUAGGAAGAUGGGUGUUAAGGACUUUGAGGGAUCCUCCGACCCUGAGGUGGUUGAUUUAUGGCUGCUGAAGCUCGCUCGCACCCUAGACGAGCUGCGCAUCGAUAACCAUGAGGACAGAAUCGCCAUGGCUGUCCACGUGCUCCAGGGAACUGCUAGAGAUUGGUGGCACCUCCAACCAGAGAGUGAAGUUGUACCGAUAGAGAUCACCUGGAACCAGUUCGUGAAGAUGUUCCUUGAUGAAUACAUUCCCCAAACAGUCCGGGACGAUAAGAGAGAAGAUUUUAUGAGGCUGAAGCAACACAGGGGGCAGAGUGUCACGGAAUACACAGAGUUGUUCAAGAAGUUGAACAAAUAUGUUGAUCCUGUGUAUCGGACUCCAGCAGGGGUGCGAGAUCGCUAUAUCCAGGGUUUGAGGGCGGAUCUGAAGAAAUGUAUGGGAGAAGCGGAAAGGGCAUCUCAAGCCACAGCCUAUCGAGCUGCUCUCCGCAUUGAGAGGGAUGAGAAGACAGCCUAGCAGAAGAGGGCUAGCAGACUGGAUACUAGGACAAGGAAGGAGUCCACCUACUCUGGAGGUCAGAUGCACUCAAUCCAGCCUAUUAAGAGGGGGCUAGGUCCUUCACUCAGCAGAAGUCACAGAGCCAGGCGAGCUCCACCCAGACUACACCCGCACAGUACCAGAACCCGUUCUGUCAGAAAUGCUUGAAGUAUCAUCCGGGAGAGUGCAUACGUCAGCCAGGCCUUUGUUUUCAUUGUGGCCAGCUAGGUCAUAUCAAGGCAAACUGUCCUUGAUACACAAGGGUGAUGUUAGGUGCCUCAGUUACUAGAGGGAGAGCACAGUCAGCUGGGAGGUUCAAUGGAAAGGCAGACAAUGUCAGCAGAAACAACAAUAGCUACCACCAUCGUGCUCUGACUCAUGCGUCCAAUGCUGGUGGGCAACCUAGGAUAUUUUCCAUGAGGAGAGAAGAGGCCAACACAACCCCAGAGGUUGUGACUGGUACGAUUUACAUUCAUGACCGUCCUUCUUUUGCUUGAUUGAUCCUGAGGUUCUACGCAUACUUUUAUAUCUA